AUGUCCUUUCAAGAGCUUCCUCCAGAGAUCAUUUCUCUAGUUAUUCGCUUCCUUACUGACAACCAUUCUCUCAGUGUCUUUCGCCUGCUCCGAGUCGACAAGCGAUGCUUCGCCUUGGCUCUGCCAAUAGCCAAGUCGCUCGUCUUCCAUACAGUCCGAUUAGACCUGUGUGUCAAUCGACGCGUUGGCAGACAGGUAGCGAGGCUCUGUGCCCAGUUUCAAAAGGCUAAUGCCUUUACUUGUGUCAGGCGACUCAUCAUCGAGGGCCAUUUCUCGUUUGGCCGUGGAUCUAGGGAUAGUUACGAGUGGAGUCCACCCAGCGUCUCACAUUUCUCGUCGUUUAGUCGCGAUCCGCAAGAUUCGGAUGAGUCUGAAGAGCAGAAUCUCGUCAGAAAGGGAUGGAACCAACUGCAUUUGCAGUCAUUCGAGCUGCGGAGUAUAUAUGCUCCUACAACUGACGAACAUGAAUAUCGGCUAGUCACCUCGCCGUCUCUGAAUACUAUCAGUCCAUACUAUGAGACAAAUACGCCAGAAGGUAUUCGGCAGAAGCAGGCCUUCUUGCGCAUCUUGAGCCUCGCCCCGAACUUGAAGGCGAUAUACCUGAACGUGAAACAGAAUACCUCUGAUGUGCCAGCCGCUGGGACAUACUCAAGAUGGUCCAAAUUUACACAAGAACAAGGCGAAGGACCCUUUCAUCUAGCCGCAAUAGAAUGUCUCCGAGUCAGACACGCCUACGAUCCCAUGCCUGCCGCUACACUGGAGGAAUUGGCUGCGUACAUUGAUUUCUCUGUCUUGCAGACUCUUGAUCUGACAUCACCCAUCCAGGGAGAAGCACUCGAGGCCUGGGCAGAUCAUCUUCAUUUCCUGGCCCUUCAAACGCUACGCUUGUUGCUUGGUACGCAAAUGGGCCGAACGGGACAAGCACCGGACUUCUACCUGAAAGCAACAAGAUUUCUUCAGAGUCUUCCGGCGCUAUCAGACGUAUACCUAGACGAAUGGCACUCACAGCUGCCGAUUGGGACGUUGACACAAAGCCACGGACCACGUUUGCGCAAGCUGUCGGUGGCUGGUCUGCCCUGGCAAUGUUUCACCGAGAACGAUAUCCUCCAACUCGGCAGACAUUGUCCUCUACUGGAGAAGAUGAGCAUCCCCAUCCGUCGUACCCAAGGAGACGCCCGGGAAGUGGCUCUCUACAAAGCCUUGGGCACAGUCAGAAACCUGAAGUUCCUCGAUCUGGUAUUAGAUGUAUCUGAUCCGACCUUGGACCAAGAGCACGCCUCCAUCGAUCCGGAUUGGGACGACUUUGACAAUCAACCCGCCAACGUAAAUCUAGGAGGCAUUAACCCGAGCCGCAACGGCCACAUCCGGAGGCUUCUGAUCAAUACCCUCAUUGACAAACAACUUGCGUGCUCGAUCCUCGAGGUUAUUUCGGCCGCAAAGCCCCAAGAUGCGCCACUCCUUGAACGGCUGUCCCUAUCAAUACAAGGUCAGACUCGUCCGGCCUACUUUGCGCGAUGCGAGUUCUCCCAUCUUGUGAGGCUCUUGUCCACGGAGUGGACCAUUGAGCGCGAUAUCCGCCACGAGCACCGGAACAAAGUCGACGCGCGAAUCACUAUGAUUCCUAUUUCACGCAGCUUCAAGAUGGAGAAUCAAGUGAAAUUAGGUAUUGUGACGUUUGGCGAAGUUUUCCUCUGGCUGUAG